AUGACCAAGACAACACUUACUGUGGAGUUGAUUAACACCAUUGUCCUUAGACAGCAAGUUCCCUGUCAGAGCAGACCUUAGUGACUGAAGAUGAACGGCACGGAGGGCAACAAUUUCUACAUCCCCAUGUCCAACCGGACUGGGCUUGUCAGGAAUCCUUUUGAGUACACACAGUAUUACUUGGCAGACCCAUGGCAAUUCAAAUUGCUUGCCGUCUACAUGUUUUUCUUGAUCUGUUUUGGCUUUCCUAUCAACGGUCUGACACUGCUGGUUACAGCUCAGCACAAGAAGCUCCGGCAACCUCUCAACUUCAUCCUGGUCAACUUGGCUGUGGCUGGAAUGAUCAUGGUCCUCUUUGGGUUCACCAUCACCAUCACAUCUGCUGUUAAUGGUUACUUUAUCGCUGGGCCACUGGGCUGUGCCAUUGAGGGCUUCAUGGCUACCCUUGGAGGUGAAGUUGCCUUGUGGUCAUUGGUAGUCCUGGCCAUUGAGAGAUACAUUGUGGUUUGCAAACCCAUGGGGAGCUUCAAGUUUGGAUCCACUCAUGCAGGAGCAGGAGUUGCGUUCACCUGGGUCAUGGCAAUGGCCUGUGCUGCUCCCCCACUUGUUGGCUGGUCAAGGUACAUUCCUGAGGGGCUGCAGUGUUCCUGUGGCCCUGAUUAUUACACGUUGGCCCCAGGUUUCAACAAUGAAUCCUACGUCUUGUACAUGUUCAGCUGCCACUUCAUUAUUCCUGUUAUCGUCAUUUUCUUCACUUAUGGAAACCUUGUGUGCACAGUCAAGGCGGCUGCAGCUUCACAGCAGGACUCAGCCUCCACCCAGAAAGCUGAGAGGGAAGUGACACGUAUGUGCAUCUUGAUGGUGGUGGGCUUUCUUGUGGCUUGGACCCCCUAUGCCAGUGUUGCUGCUUAUAUCUUCUUCAACAAGGGAGUUGCCUUCACUGCCCAGUCCAUGGCAAUCCCUGCCUUCUUUUCCAAAAGCUCAGCCUUGUUCAAUCCUAUUAUCUAUGUGCUGCUGAACAAACAGUUCCGUAACUGUAUGCUGACAACUGUGGGCAUGGGCGGUAUGACUGAUGACGAAACAUCAGUGUCACAGAGUAAAACAGAAGUGUCUUCUGUGGCACCGGCCUAAAGAUGUCCCACCUCAACAAGCAAGACAACAUGCAAUUCAUCACCUUGAUUUCCAGUCUGAUCUGAAUAUGAUCUU